AUGGCUUCUCCAGAGCUGCUUUCUGCAGAUGUGGGAGGCAAACAGCCCGAUCCUCCCGACGUCCUUGACCGUGUUUCCAGCACGCUGCAUGUCCGCAAGCCGGCCGGAUCAACAGGAGGAGCGCUCCCGGGGGAGGGCUGCUGUAACCUGGCCCGGGGCUGCCAUGGCCGGUGUCAUUCAUCACCAAGGACGGCGCCACGCAAGGGAGGCGCGGAGGUUAAACUAAGUCACCUCGGCGAGGAGAAAGUCCGAAUUUGCUGCGACGAGGAAUUAGAGACAUCAUUCACUUAUAUUGAUGAGAAUGUUAACCUUCGAUUGGCCAGCCCGGAAAGUAGUUGUAAAAGUACUCAUAGACCGGUGCGCAAUGGUGAGCCUUGCUCCGAGACGUUGCCAGAAUUCUCCUUUAUGUCCGAGGAUGAUCUCUCCUUCGGGGAGGGCUCUGGGACUUCUAUAGACUACGGGUUUAUCAGUGCAGUCACGUUUUUGGUGACCGGGAUCUCCUUGGUGAUCAUCUCCUACGCCGUGCCACGCGAUGUGGUGGUGGACCGUGACAGCGUGUCGGCGAGAGAGAUGGAAAGGUUGGAGAUGGAGAGCGCCCGGAUAGGUGCCCACUUGGAUCGGUGCGUCAUAGCUGGACUCUGCCUGCUCACGCUGGGCGGCGUGGUGCUCUCCACGCUGCUGAUGAUCUCCAUGUGGAAGGGGGAGAUGUACAGGAGAAAAAUUAUCGCUUACUCAAAGCGCUCUGCCAAACUGUACGGCUCGAUCAGUCUGAAAACGAGAUCCAGUCCCAGUCACUCAUCUGCGCACUUGUCCCUGCAGGAGGAAAUGGAGGAAACUUUGACUUAA